UCCCUCUCUCUCUACACUCUCUACAUUCUCUCUCCUCUGCUUUGACACAAUCCAUUAUUCCUUCCCCGCUCCCCCCACCCCCACCCUCACCCCGCCGCCGCCGGCGCAUCUUCUCCGGGAGUGGAUCGGCUCGGCUCGAGGGCGGUGAGGAACUGAGGCGCUCUUGGGUGUCCGUGUCCCGGUUGGUACCUGUGGUCUUGUACUCUUCUUGCACUGGGCCACCGUGAGGUAUUCCUGCGAGGAACGCUUCCGAUGCGGCGGGAUCGCGCGGCCGGCGUCCGGAGCCGAGCGUGAUUCACCUCGAUUCGACGGAAAGGUUUGAUUUUGGCGGGGCGAUUUGGUGCUUGCUUCCUCUUCUUGGCGGAAAAAAGUGCGAUUUUUGGCGGCGAUUUGGUGGUUUCUUGGAGUGGAAGGCGGCGAGGCGGGGCCGAUCUGGUGCUCUCGCUGUUCGGGAGUGUGGCUGAUUUGGAGGAGAGGUGCUGGGAUCCUUGUGAGCUUCUCGUCAAGGAGGUGGUGGUUGUAGGCGAUGGGGCUCGCGCCGCCGGAGCUGGGGCAGUUCGACGGGUGGGAGAGCUCCGGCGAGGAGGAGCGGGAGCGGUGGGGCUGGUGCCGCCGCAGCCGCCGCGGUAGCAGCAGGCGGCGCGUGCCCCCGAAGGGUGGUGACGACGCCAUGGUCGCCACUAGAUGCUGCAUCCGGCUGUGGCCAGUCGGGAGCUGCCCGCAGCCGCCACGGUCCAAGGUCGACACGUCCACCAGCAGCGCCAGCACACAUGGCGCAGAGAAGUCAACAGAAAAUGGUAGCAGGAACCAACCGGUUGCUUUAAUAGUCUCAGGUUCAACAACUACUAGUAACGCUGAGAGCAGUUCAUCUGCAUCUAAAGUUGGAGAGGAAAUAAAAGUUGCCUCUCAGCUGCGCAAGUUUGCAUUCAAUGAUCUAAAAUGUGCCACACGGAACUUCAAGCCUGAGAGUCUUCUUGGAGAAGGGGGUUUUGGAUGUGUUUUUAAAGGGUGGAUUGAAGAGAACGGAACUGCACCUGUGAAACCUGGUACAGGUCUUACAGUUGCUGUCAAGACGCUCAAUCAUGAUGGGCUUCAAGGGCAUAAAGAAUGGGUGGCUGAAGUUGAUUUUCUUGGAAACCUUCACCAUCCCAAUUUGGUCAGGUUAAUUGGAUAUUGUGUUGAAGAUGACCAAAGAUUGCUGGUGUAUGAUUUCAUGCCUCGUGGCAGUUUGGAUAACCAUCUAUUCAGAAGGUCUCUUCCUCUCCCAUGGGCCAUCAGAAUGAAGGUUGCUCUUGGAGCGGCAAAGGGUCUGGCUUUCCUUCAUGAAGAAGCAGAAAGACCAGUCAUUUAUCGUGAUUUUAAAACAUCUAAUAUACUGCUAGAUGUGGAGUAUAAUGCAAAGCUCUCAGAUUUUGGGCUUGCCAAAGAUGGCCCUGUAGGUGAUAAAACUCAUGUCUCUACUCGAGUAAUGGGAACCUAUGGGUAUGCGGCUCCGGAAUAUGUCAUGACAGGUCAUUUGACAUCAAAGAGUGAUGUCUAUAGCUUCGGGGUGGUGCUUCUUGAGAUGAUGUCUGGGCGCAGGUCAAUGGACAAGAACCGCCCUAACGGCGAGCACAACCUUGUUGAAUGGGCACGGCCCCACCUAGGAGAGAGGCAGCGCUUCUACAAGCUAAUCGACCCUCGUCUGGAGGGUAACUUCUCAGUCAAAGGUGCCCAGAAGGCAGCACAGUUAGCUCGUGCCUGCCUUAGUCGAGACCCCAAGGCACGGCCAAUGAUGAGCCAGGUGGUGGAAGUUCUCAAGCCACUGCUCAACCUCAAGGACAUGGCUAGCUCCUCGUACUUCUACCAGACAAUGCAAGCCGAGAGAAUGGCACACUCGAGCAGCAUGAACGGGAGGAACAGCCACGGCCUUAAGAUGCAGGGCUCCUUCGCGCGGAACGGGCAACAACCGAUGAGAAGCCUGUCCGAUGGCCCCCGUGCCUCCCCAUUUCGCUACUCACCGAAGCCGAAUGUGAAAUAACCAGAGGCGUCCAUGAUUCUGGUCUGGUUGAUAUCCCAGGAGUGGUUCUGGUGAUGAAACCUUGUUGGGGGUGGCUGAUUCGGGCUGAAUUGAUCUGUCUUGUAGAUUGACAUGUGCAAAAGGUUAUAGGUGAAAAGGAGAUGUAGGUAUCAGAAUUUCUCUUGUGGAUGUUUGCGCUGAGGUUUUAACUGAAUGCUGAUCGACCGUUUCUAUAUAUUUUUCUCCAAAUUUAGCCAGCUUUGGCUCA